CUCCACCCGCCGCCCGGUUCCUCCAUCUGCCAAGUCCAGGCUCUGGUCUUCGUUCUCUGACUUUCUAUACGCAGCCCAGUCUUUUUCCUCUCUUCAACCGUUGGCGACGGCCGUUUCCUAGCCACCAAACCCCGCCUUCCUGGAUCUCCCCUCCUCCCGCUGGACCCUCUAUCGUCCGCGACGCUUCACCACCUCCUUCUCUAUACCCCGGAACGCUUUCAGACGGCGCUGUUAUUACACCCAGUAUUCAAGAUGUUGAAAAUCUGGUCCAUGAAACAACAGCAGCAGCAGGCUGAGAAUGCCGAAGGCGCUGCCGGAAAGAAGAAAAAGAAGGUCACUGCAGCCCAGCUGCGUGUGCAGCGCGAUCUCCAAGAACUCACCCUCGGAAGCACAAUGAAAAUGGCCUUCCCUAACCCCGACGACAUCCUGAAUUUCACCUUGACCAUCGCGCCCGAUGAGGGCCUCUACAAAGGCGGCUCCUUCCAUUUCACUUUCUCCGUUAACCAGAACUUCCCGCACGAUCCGCCCAAGGUCAAAUGUACCCAGAAGAUCUACCAUCCGAAUAUCGACUUGGAAGGGAAUGUUUGUUUGAAUAUUCUCCGGGAGGACUGGAAGCCCGUGUUGAAUUUGAAUGCCGUUAUUGUGGGGAUGCAGUUCCUCUUCCUUGAACCGAAUGCCUCCGAUCCUCUGAACAAAGAAGCUGCCGAAGACCUACGACAAAACCGAGACUCGUUUAAGCGGAAUGUUCGCACAAGCAUGGCCGGUGGUAGUGUCCGUGGCGUCCAGUAUGAGAAUGUGAUGCAAUAAGUAUUGUAUUGCCUGAUGGGAGGCGGCUCUUUUUUAACGGACGGUUUUAUUUCCCGAGAACAGAGAUAUUGCUUUUUCUCUGUCGAGAACCCCCCUCUAAAAAGUCGAGCGUCUGACGACCGUGCACGAAGGAUUCGAUUGGGGCUGAUUGUGCAAGAAACGGAUGGGUGGUUACCUUUGCAUCAGCAUGGGGAUUUCUCCUCAUGGUGGUAUUUCAUCUCACUUUGAAUUAAUUUUUUAGCGACUGGAUAGAUUCCCUGAUGAAUGCAAUGAAUGGACGAGCUUGCGAGGAUGCUCUUUUUCUA